AGGAGAGUGAAGACAACUGUCAUGAUUAUCCGUCAGUGAUAUUCCAAACGAACAAACGACCUGUCAAAAUACAUGAAUUUGACUCGUUUGGAAUGACACUGACAAAUAAUAAUUGUUCCAAUUUUGACAGUGUCGUCACUCUCCUUAUAUGCACUCAGGUUUAAGGAAGGAGAUAGUAGAUAUGUAAAUAUAGGUUUCUUCCAAGAUAUAUAAUUUCUAAGGCGCUGACGGAGUGGAACAUAAUGAAGCAACAGGCCUCAAAAUACAACAAUAGCGACUCGGUUUCAGAGGAUACCAUCAACCAUGGAAUUGAUAAAGAUGCUCCAGCCGAAGACUUCUCUGAGAUAAAGGUAGAAGAGAUUGAAAUAAUCGAUGUGGCGUUAGAAUACAAACCCGAGGCGCAGGAUGAGAAUAUCGAGGGAAGUAUUAUAAAUCAGACCGUACUCGUCCCGAAUAACUAUCAAUCGGACCAAAAUCGAGUGGAUUCAUAUAUGUGUGAAUUUUGUGGGAAGAAAUUUCUGAAUCCUAAUAAGCUUGAACGCCAUAGAAUGAUUCAUAUGAGCAUCAAAGCCGAUAUCGAGCAGCAAUGCGAGAUUUGUGGGAGAAGAUUUCGUUGGCGCCACAUAUUGUUACGGCAUAAACAAACUCACGAUAAAUGUAGCGAAAACAACAAAAAUCCUCUGGAAUGCAAAGUGUGCGGUAAAACAUUUCGUUGGCACUCAUUUCUGUUACGGCAUGAACAAACGCACGAUGAACGUAACAAAAACAACGAAUGCAAGGUGUGCGGUAAAAGAUUUUAUUGGAGCGCCAAUCUUAAAGAACACGUACUUAUCCAUACAAAUGAAAAGUCUCAUGAAUGUGACAUCUGUGGUAAAGGAUUUCGUAGGGCCGUCCAUCUCUUAGGCCACAAACAAAUUCACACGGCUGAAAAAAAACACAAAUGUGAAGUAUGUGGGACAGGAUUUCAUAAACGCUGCAACCUUGAACAACACAAGAAAGUUCAUACGGGUGAAAGACCACACAAAUGUGAAGUGUGUGAAAAACAAUUUCGCUCACGCAAAAAUCUCGCGCAACAUCUGCGAGUUCACACAGGCGAGAAACCUUUCAAGUGUGAAGUUUGCGGGCGAGGAUUUCGUGUACAUCAAGUCCUUAAGCAUCACAGGUUGACUCACACGCGUUACAUUAAUGAGAAACCUCACAUUUGUGACGUGUGUGGAAGAGGAUUCGGUCUGCAAAGCAACCUCAUAAAACACAUGUCAAUUCAUAAGGGAGAGAAAUCGUCCGGAAGUGCGGAAAAAACGUUGGUAGAACUAAAACCACCUAAGGCACGCAAACGAAAAAUGAAAAUGUGAAGUAAAACGUCUGCAAUAGUUUGCGGAAAGUUUGAUGGGACGUAAUAGUUAUGACGUUAUGAUGCCACGUAUUCUACUUGCAGAUAUGCUUGGCAUUAUUUAAUACUCCGUCGAUUGAUUAAGUUUUUUUUAUAAUACAUUCUUCAAAAUUAGAAAAAAAAAUGUUUUAACAUAUGUCGCAAAUAUUAAAACGGCCAGGCCUACUGUGCAGAGUUGAGUUUGAAGAUGUUUCAAAAUAAGACGGCAACUAAACUAUUCAUUUAAUGGAUAAUUUAAUUAACGAAUUGUUUUGAAUCUUAAAGGAGGAAGAAACGAGGACAACCGUACCGACCGUUUCAGUUUAAAGGGAAUAUAAUAAAUCGUUGGGAGUGACUUGGCUAAGAAGGUUAAUGUCACUUCUUUGGUCCUUUGGGAUGGGACAGAGGUAUUUACACCUUGCCCUGGCUAAUAAGCCUAGGUUAAAGCGCCUUUACUCGCUCUCAAAUUUACCGUCCCGAGUCAGAUAAGAAUAUUAACAAUAACUACAUAAUUCCGAAGAAUUUAGAAGUAAGUGCAGACAUUAUUAUCUUUUCACUAGAGACAGGCGAUCCACGUAUCCUAAUCCAUGACACAGUUCGUAUAAUGCCCUGAUGCAUCCUCCCUGCCCAAAUAUUGAAAUAAAUAAAUAUCAUGGAUUAUAACGAAUCUUAGGGAUGUACUUUAGAUAGUAAAAAAAAAUGAAAUACUUAGAAGGAAUUUUUUUUACAUUUUAACGACAUUCAACCAGCCAGAGACCAGGUAGGGAAAGAUAUGAAAAAUAGAGCCAUAGCACUCAAGUGAGAGCAAGGAUGCGAAGUAAACAGAUCGGAAAACUAGAAGCGGCAGGGCCACUAGAACAGGCUCAAUAUCGUACGGGCUUAAUUUUUGUCCCCUGCCAAUGAGGGUCGAGCCUAGGCAGCACAACCACGAAUCACCCGAGCUCACCAGCAUGUGCCCCGGCAGAGACAGACGUGUCCAUCUUUACCGUGACAACCGACAUGGUAAAGAUGGACAUGUCCAUCUCCAUCAGGACACACGCCAGUGAACCCGGGUGAUUCGCAGCUAUGCCGCCCAAUCCCGACCCUCAUCAUAAAAAAGGGAAAAAAACUUAGAAGGAAUAAAAUCGCCUACCACUAUGGAAAAAAUGACAUAACAAUUUGUAGGUAGAAACAAUAUAAUCAGAACGAUCUCACCGGUAAUUGCAGAUAAAUCACACUGCCUUGUGACCCUGUCGGCGUAGGUUGUGGAUUGAUGUUUCGCUUCUGAUGACGAGUCAGUGUUGCUGCUGGAACUUGCUGGUGCUAAUCUACUAGCCGCGAUGUAUAUUGCAGCCACAACUGGGGUCUUUCGGUGGCGUUAACAGCGUUGAUUUUGACAACUAACUCCAAAAAUGGCCCAACAUUGGCGAGUGCGGAGUGAAAACCCAUAUCCGGAAUAAUAUUUUGCUUAACAAUCACAGCACUAACAACAAAACUUGCACGAUAAGUCGACGGCGGUUGCGGGCGCGGAGAACCCGGGGCUUUCCCGGGUAAGUUCUACCAACCCCGUAAUCCGACCGGCCCCAGCUGUCGCAUUCUACCCUCCUAGAAGGCACCGUGGUACAAAAUCAGGAUAAUCCGGGGUCUUGCCGGGCAAGUUCCACCAACCCUGUUACCCGAUCGCAAUCAUCUGUCGCCGUUUACCUUCCUUCAGGGUCCUACGACCCAAAACCAGCCGCACCAACGUCAAAUCUUAAGUGUACGAAGAAGCCAUAAGACCUAAAGAUGUUUACAACAAAACCUGCUCACCGUGCAGCAAAAACAAGCCUCCUUCCUCGCGUUGCCUCCAAUUCGGGAUGUGCCGGAGACACCCGAUGUGUUCUCGGCGCUGGGAACCCAGGGCUCUCCCGGGUAACCACAGAACUCACCUCACAGCGUGGGGUUCAAGAAGUUGUUGCCAUCGCGGUAAUGCCAUCAUCGAGGCCCUUGAAGAGAGCAACACGGUGACGCUAAAUGACGGCAGUAUCACCUUUCUCCGGGGCAGAUCCGCAUCCGCCUUAGAUUUAAUUAUAUGUUCUAGCUCCAUUGCCGGAACUUGCGGAUCGUCGGUUCUAGCCGACACUGGAAACAGC